AUGCGUCGGAAUCAUCAGACUUCAAACUUUGAGUCCUUUCAAUUGCCUCCCCAGAGGCCCACAACCGCUUGGUCCCCAUCCAAGAGCAGCAGAACUGCUGUCACUGACCUAGCAUCAUCAGCUCGGGAUGAUGAUGUUCAAUUGGAUGCCUUCGACCUGGAACUAUUAGCCUCAGAGGACAGAGAGGAUGCAAUUCAAGAUCGAGGAUUUGGAGGUCCGAACUCCACGCCGCUUCAAGCGUCUCGUCAACCUGAUCUACAGUCACCACAAUUCUCUCGUUUCUUUCAGCCAAGCUCGAGCAUCGCCUCUUCUCGAUGGAAUGGAUCCAAUUCGUCGGACCCUGUAUUAGGGCCAUCGUCAAGCCCGCUGGCUUUGUUCCAGAAGAGAAAAAAUGGAAAACAGAUCGGACAGCACAGACUAGAGGCGAAUGAUGAGACUAGUCAGUCGUCGCCUCGUGGAUCGAUCGCCCAAGCAAGCCCAGUGACUUUGAGUAGCAAUAGACAACGUCAAAAUGUAUUCAGCAACAUCCCACCGUCUGUACGUGGAGUCGUCCUCGUAUCAGUGAAUGUCAUGCCAGAGAAGUACCGCUCGAUGUUUCCCUUCCCGCUUUUUAAUGCCAUUCAAUCUAAGUCCUUCCACUCCGUCUACAACAGCAAUGACAAUAUCGUCCUGUCGGCACCAACCGGGAGCGGCAAGACAGUGGUGAUGGAGUUGGCUAUUUGUAGACUUCUCAACACCCUGAAAGAUGAACGCUUCAAAGUCGUCUACCAAGCACCCACUAAGUCACUAUGCAGCGAGCGCUUUCGAGACUGGCACACCAAGUUCUCCAGCUUGAAUCUCAAGUGCGCAGAACUGACCGGAGACACAGAUUACAUGCAGCUACGCAAUGUCCAGAGUAGCCAGAUCAUCAUUACCACUCCCGAGAAAUGGGAUAGUAUGACUCGGAAAUGGAAAGAUCAUAUGAAGUUGAUGCAGCUCGUGAAGCUCUUUCUUAUUGAUGAGGUUCAUAUUCUCAAGGAGACGCGUGGUGCUACGCUUGAGGCAGUGGUUUCUCGGAUGAAGAAUAUCGGAUCGAAUGUGCGAUUUGUAGCGCUGAGUGCUACUGUUCCCAACUCCGAGGAUAUUGCUACGUGGCUUGGCAAGGAUGCGACAAAUCAGCAUGUUCCUGCGCACCGGGAGCAUUUCGGCGAGGAAUUUCGUCCUGUCACGCUGAAAAGGUUUGUUUAUGGGUAUCCUUCUAGCUCGAAUGACUUUGCAUUUGAUAAAGUCUGCGGUGCAAAGUUACCCGAGGUGAUCGGAAUGCAUUCAUGCCAGAAGCCCAUUAUGAUCUUCUGUUGCACCCGGAACUCAUCGCUCGCGACGGCAAAAGAAUUGGCUCGGCUUUUUACAUUGACGAAUCCACCCGCCCGGCUUUGGAAAGAGCCCAAGAAACGCCUCGAAGCUCAUAACGAGGACCUCAAAACAACACUCCCUGCUGGUGUAGCAUUCCACCACGCUGGCUUGGGUCCUGCUGAUCGCCACACUAUUGAAACAGGCUUCAGAGAAGGGCAUAUAAAUGUCAUUUGCUGCACGUCUACACUUGCAGUGGGAGUCAAUCUGCCUUGCCACCUCGUCAUAAUAAAAAAUACUGUCAGUUGGCAAGAUGGAGGCUGCAAGGAGUACUCAGAUUUGGAGAUGAUGCAGAUGCUCGGCCGCGCAGGCAGACCUCAAUUCGACGAUAAUGCGAUAGCAGUCAUUCUCACCAGGAAGGAACGCGUAGCCCACUACGAGAAACUGGUUCAGGGCUCCGAGAGUCUGGAGAGCUGUCUACAUCUGAACCUGAUUGAUCACCUCAACGCCGAAAUUGGCUUGGGUAACAUCUCAGAUGUCGAAUCAGCUGUUAAGUGGCUUGCUGGUACAUUUUUGUUCGUGAGGCUUCGCCGAAAUCCGACGCACUACAAGCUUAAAGAGGGUGCAAACCAAGAAGACGAGGACGAGUUGCUUCGCCAGAUCUGUGAGAAGGAUAUCGAUCUUCUUCGAAAAUGCGAUCUGGUAGAAGCCGAGAGACUUUGUUCAACCCAGUUUGGCGAGGCUAUGGCUCGGUACUACAUCCAAUUUGAGACUAUGAAAGUUCUUUUGUCACUGAAGCCCCAAGCAUCCGUGUCUGAUAUUCUUAACGUGAUCGCACAAGCUGAAGAAUUUCGCGAGAUCCGCCUCAAAGCCGGCGAGAAGUCACUCUACCGAGAGAUCAACCGUGACCCAGGCAUACGCUUUCCCAUCAAAGUGGACUUGGCGCUCCCAGCCCACAAAAUCUCACUACUCCUUCAAUCCGAGCUAGGGGCAAUUGAGUAUCCCGACAACGAGCAACUCCAAAAGCUCAAAUUUACAUUCCAACAAGACAAAAGUCUGGUAUUCGCACAUGUGAACCGACUAAUCCGAUGCUUGAUUGACUGCCAAAUAGCCCGCAGUGACUCAAUCGCUAUCCGUAAUGCCCUUGAACUCGCCCGGAGCUUCGGAGCAAAGGUCUGGGACCGCUCGCCUCUCCAAAUGAAGCAGAUCGAGCAAGUUGGUGUCGUUGCAGUUCGCAAGUUGGCUGCUGCUGGGAUUACCAGUAUCGAAGGGCUAGAAUGUGCGGAGGCUCAUCAGAUUGAGAUGAUUCUUAGCAAGAAUCCGCCUUUCGGGUCAAAGUUGCUCUCAAGACUGAAGGAGUUUCCGAAAUUGAGGGUUGCUGUGAAGAUCCUUGGAAAGAAUGUGAAGAUUAACUGUGUUAACGUCCGAUUCAAGGCUGAAGUUGCCUUCAUGAAUGACAAGACGCCGAAGUUCUUCCAACGUCGCCCUAUUUACCUCUGUUGCUUGAUAGAGAGGUCCGAUGGACAUCUGAUUGAUUUCAGACGCACAAGUGGGACCAAGCUUCAAGAGAAAAUGGAAAUUGAACUGACAGCAGACCUGACGAGCGCCGAGCAUGUCAUUGUAUGCCAUGUCAUGUGCGAUGAAAUUGCGGGAACAUGGCGACACGCCGAGCUCAGACCUAACUUGCCGUCUCACCUCUUUGCUGCUGUGCAAGAUAGAAACACCGAUGCCCAAAAGACUGAAAUCUGGAGCCUACCACCUCGUCCCAUUAAGGGGAAUUCGAAACCCAAAGACACAGAGAAUUCAAAGACCAGCACGCCUCGACCCCGCGGACGCGAUGUGACUAGCAUCAAGGCCAAAUCUCGGCGGGAUGUAGACGAUUUUGAUGGCGAUGACCUGCAACUCGAUGAUUUUCUCGUUACGAAUGAGCGCCAUGACAAAGCAAAUGAGCCUCAAAGGCCAAAAUCUCAACAGUUUGAUGAUCUAGAGUGGUUUUCGAUUGAUGAGGAUGAGUACGAGCCAGUCAGACUUGCGAAUGGCAAAUGGGCUUGCAACCACAAAUGCAAAGACAAGACAAGCUGCAAACAUUUUUGCUGUCGUGAGGGUUUGGAAAAGCCCCCGAAGCCACCAAAGCAAACUAUCCCCGCGACUCAAAAAGGAAGUGGUCUUAAUCAGCUGACUAUCUCCAACCAUGUUUCAAAGGUGAAGUCGACGUCGCAAGCUGGAAAGAAGAAUACAAGCCGAGAGAAGUCUGUCCUUUCAGAGAGGGACAAGAAUAUUUCUUCAUAUAAGAGAAAGCCAGAAAAGAGUCCGGCAAAACACCUAUCCAGUGAUUAUGGCGAUGAAAACUUCGAUGACCUCCCAUCUCCGUCACGUCUCCUUGGCAACAGAGGGUUGGGGCUUGCAACAUCGGUUCCUCCAGUGGUGGAUGAUCAGCCGAAGAAAAACAUCAUAGGUGCUCCGGCCAUCAAAAAGAAGCGUACUGAUCCCAAGCAGUCUGGCUCACGGUCUGAGCUCCCUCAGAAAGACAAAACCAAGCCCUCAAUUCCCCAGCCCCAGCGUGAGAUAAUUGAAAUUCCGGACGAUACACCGCCAGAAACCACAGAAUUGCCAAUGACAGUGAACAAAGUCCUUUCUGGUAAGGAGAGCCCACUGUCGCUCUCAACAGGACGAGACCAAUCGCCCAGCCUGAAACGGAAGGCAAGUGAAGAUGAGACUCAGAAGGAAAAGCAGAGAAAGCGGGUAAAACAAAGUUUUUUUGUUCCUGCUUCACAGUUUCAGGCUUCGACCUCUUUGAUCGAUGAAAAACUACCGAUCUCUGAGCAGCCUGCGUCUUCUGUUUCUCCCGUCACCGGCGGUCGGAUUGAUUUGACUGCAGCAUGGGAAGACGAUGGCAUUGAUCUACUUGAUGAGUUCAGAGAUAUCAUUAAGUUUAUUUAA